CCGCAGCGGAAGUGUGCUCGGGUGCUGGGAAGCCGGUCGGUGCGACUUUUCUAGAUAGACUGAGAAAGUGCUGUGAGAGCAACAUGGCGAACCCCAGCCCGGCCAGCAAGCCCUCCAACCCCGGCAACCCCAGGGUGUUCUUCGAUGUGGAGGUGGGAGGGGAGUACGCUGGCCGUGUUGUCUUAGAACUGUUUGCUGAUGUUGUACCCAAAACUGCAGAGAAUUUCCGAGCUCUGUGUACGGGGGAGAAAGGUAUAGGACCAACAACCGGAAAACCCCUGCAUUUUAAAGGCUGUCCUUUUCAUAGAAUUAUCAAGAAAUUCAUGAUCCAAGGUGGGGAUUUCUCAAAUCAAAAUGGAACUGGUGGAGAGAGUAUAUAUGGAGAAAAAUUUGAAGAUGAAAACUUCAAUUACAAGCAUGACAAAGAGGGUUUGCUUAGUAUGGCCAAUGCUGGUCCAAAUACUAAUGGCUCUCAGUUUUUCAUCACAACUGUGCCCACCCCCCAUUUGGAUGAGAAACACGUGGUAUUUGGUCAAGUGCUGAAAGGAUAUGGCAUUGUUAAAAUGUUGGAAAACAUUGAAUCGAAGGAAGAAAAACCAGUGAAGCCCUGUGUUAUAUCAGAGUGUGGUGAACUGAAAGAUGGGGAUGAUUGUGUGAUACCGCCAUUGGAUGGAUCUGGUGACACCCAUCCUGACUUCCCAGAGGACUCCGAUGUUGAAUUAAAUGAUGUUGGGAGAAUUACCUCCAUUGCUGAGGACGUAAAGAGCAUUGGAAAUAACUUUUUCAAAUCUCAAAACUGGGAGAUGGCAACAAAGAAAUACAACAAGGCCCUAAGAUAUGUUGAAAGCUGCAAAGAUGUGACAGGUGAUGAUAAUAUAGCUAAAUUAAAUCCAAUAGCUGUGAGCUGUAACCUGAAUAUUGCUGCCUGUAAACUCAAGAUAUCAGACUUUAGAGCUGCAAUUGAAAGCUGCAAUGAGGCACUUGAAUUUGAUCCAUCGAAUACCAAAGCACUUUACAGACGGGCACAGGGCCGGCAAGGCUUGAAAGAUUAUGAACAAGCACUGGAGGAUCUUAAAAAUGCUCACGAGUUGGCACCGGAUGACAAAGCAAUCAGCAGUGAAAUGCUACGGGUCAAGCACAGGAUCAAGGAACAGAAAGCAAAAGAAAAAGCUGUAUAUGCAAAAAUGUUUGCAUAGAAUUUUUUUUUUAUUGUAAAGUCUGCAUGGAACGUAUUGACAGGAUGGCUUCUGCUGAUUUAAGGAGACACUUUUACAAGAAAAGAAGCUGUCGGAUAAACCAAAAAAGCAAACUUUUUUGAGCCCAAGAGAUGUAGUUUAAUGGUUUUCAAACGGUUAUAGUUUUUCCUUGUUUGUUUUUUUUCAUUGUGACACUGCAUGAACUAUGCAAAUGUAGGAUGUGCAGUGUAGCAUUUUACUUGGUGUGACUUUUGUUAUUCUGCAGACCGUAAUACUGUUUUGUUUUUUUUCCCGAUUUACUUAAAGGAGCUUAUUUUCCUCUGUGCAACUUUUGAAAGCUGCAAUUGGUUACUAGCAUUUUUUUUCCUUUUUAUUUUACAUAAGAAAUGUUUACCGUUCCUCUUAAUAAAGACUGUUAAUGCUGCAAA